GCGCACGCCGCACGUGGUAAACUGUACAUUAAAUUGCAACAACUUUAUUUAUUUAUGCAGCGAAUAUGUCGAAGUUAAUAAAACAUCUAGUCGUCGAUACGACAGCGUUUAUUAAAGCUGAGAAUCUACAAAAUAUUGCGGAAAACAUAUACACAGUCCAAGAAGUAGUUGAUGAAAUAACCAACGAUCGUCAGCGAAGAAAACUUGUUGUUCUACCAUACGACUUAAAAGUUAAAGAUGUAUUCACUGAAAGUAUCAAAUUCAUCACAGAGUUCUCGAAAAAGACAGGUGAUUAUACGAGUCUCUCUGCCACUGAUAUAAAAGUAAUGGCUCUAACUUAUCAAAUGGAAAAAGAAUUAGUUGGAAUCGAACAUUUAAAAACGGAACCAACGAUGCAGAAAACUGUAAAAGUAACUGGGUUAGCGGGUUAUAACGCUGGUACAGAUGACAAAAGCAAAAAUGAAAAAGCAGAAGAGACAACAACAAAUAUAGAGAAAUCGGACACAAUAGUCGCAGAUGCCAUUGAUGACAGUUCCAUUCCUACAAAUGAUACAGCUGAAGAAAAUAAGGAAGAUGAUGAUGAAGACAAGAAAUUGGCAGAUGAAAUUGCUGAACAAAUUAAGAAUAUGGAAUUAAGGGAUGAUAACGAGGCAGCUGAUCUCAUUGUUAAGGUAGAAGAAAGUGAUCAAGAGAGCGAGGAAUAUGAAAGCGAAAGUGAUGAUGACGAUGAUGAUGAUGGAAGUGAAUGGAUAACACCAAGCAAUCUAAAAGAGAAGAAAAAGGAAAUUGAGUUUGGUGAAUGUGAAGAAAAGAAUGUAGACGUUGCUUGUAUAACAUCAGACUUUGCCAUGCAAAAUGUUCUGAAACAAAUAGGUUUAAACGUCACAGCGGUUGACGGGAGAAUCAUCAGGUAUCUACGCACGUUUAUUUUCCGCUGUACUACUUGCUUCAAAACAACCAGUGUUAUGACUAAGCUAUUCUGUCCUAAAUGUGGUCAUGCUACUCUAAAAAAAGUAUCUGUCAGUGUUGACGAUGAUGGCAAUCAGCAUAUUCAUAUUAACGGACGUAAACCACUCACAGCUAGAGGCAAACGAUUUAGCUUACCAACACCGAGAGGUGGCCAACACUUCCAAUAUCCUAUACUCACUGAAGAUCAACAUAUACAUAAACGAUUUGCUAGCAAACUCGCUAGAAACAAGACUAACGCGUUAGAUCCUGACUAUAUUGCUGGAUUCUCACCGUUUGCAAUGAAAGACGUUAAUUCAAAAUCUGCCGUUCUAGGUGUGAGAGCCAAUAAACAAGACAUUAAAUAUUGGAUGAAGAAUUACUCCAAGGGCAAGAAGAAAUAAAACAAGCUUGUGAAAUAUACUGUUUUAUUGAAAAACAUUAUUUAUAUUGUUUAUUGUACAUACUUAAUAAAAAAUUUAAAUCUUA